AUGAAGCAAUGGGUUAUCGAACAUCCAGACAAGGAAAUGAAAGGUAUGAAAUUGGCCGAAGUUCCUCUUCCUCAGGUUGGUGGUCGUGGGGUCUUGGUGAAAUUCCAAGCGGCUGCUCUUAAUUACCGCGAUUGUGCUAUCGCAAAGGGGACAUUUCCAUUUGCUCACAAAUAUCCCAUCGUGCCUGUUUCCGAUGGCACUGGUGUGGUCGUCCAAGUUGGCCCUGAAGUUAGAGAAUUUAAAGAAGGUGACAUAGUCAUGACUAUCUUUAAUCAGGGCCAUCAGUAUGGCGACAUUGAUCCUUAUGCCGCAUCAACUGGUGUUGGCGGUACAAUCGACGGUGUUCUCCGUCAGUAUGGUGUUUAUGACGAGUCUGGAUUGGUUAAAGCUCCAAGGAAUCUCAGUGCUCUGGAGAGCAGCACUCUCCCAGGCGCAGCACUUACAAGUUGGAAUGCAUUAUAUGGACUCCGGCCAGUUAAGGCAGGGCAAUAUGUGCUGGUUCAGGGAACUGGAGGUGUUAGUGUCUUUGGUCUACAGUUGGCUAAAGCUGCAGGUGCAACGGUUAUUGCUACAACCUCCUCUGAGGAAAAGGUUAAGAUAUUGAAGCAGCUAGGAGCUGACCAUGUUCUUAACUACCGAUCUAACCCAAAUUGGGGUGAACUUGCUCGUCAGCUUACCGCAGAUCAACAGGGAGUUGACUAUAUCAUCGACAUUGGUGGCACAGAUACACUUGAACAGAGCUUGAAAUGUAUAAAAAUGGAUGGAAUCAUCAAUUUGGUUGGCUUCUUAGGUGCCAGUGAUAAGCCUCAGCCAGGGCUUCUUGAAGCCCUGAGCCAUGUCUGCACAGUUAGAGGUAUCUAUGUGGGCAGCCGUGCUAUGCUUAAAGAUAUGGUCCGGGCAUUUGAGGCAAACGACAUCCAUCCUGUGGUUGAUGAGAAAGCUUUCACUCUUGAGCAAGGAAAGGAAGCAUUUGAAUAUCUGGCUGCCCAGAGACAUAUUGGAAAGGUCGUUGUGCAGAUCAACUAG